AUGGAGUUACUUCCCAAAUCAUCUUAUGGAAACUUGAAGAGAUAUUGGCGAAGAAGACGAUACCAACGACUUGAAGACACAACACGAAGCCGGAAGAAUUCUAAGGUCACAAAGUUUGGAGGAGGCCCAAAUCCAAAAAGGAAAUGGAAGAUAAAAGCUCUGCCAAAGCUGAGAAUUUUGAGGAGGCCAUUUAGAUCACCAUUGAAGCUUCUGACAAAGAUUAAGAACGCUUAUAUGGACAUGAUGAUCCAUUUGGCAGGGAACGUAGGGUCGUUGAAUACAAGCAAAACAUUUGGAGGAAAAAGAAUACCAAAAGCUAGGCAAGUUGAGGCUGUAGUUUAUUCAAGCCGUGAAGUGGAAGAAAGAUUAGUUUUAGAGAUAUAUAAAGCUCUUGCAGCUUCUCGUGCUGGUCAUGAAUUAACCGCCCCAAAUUAA